AUGGAAGGUAUCCAACCAUUAGUAUUAGAUUCAUCAUCUAGCAAUGAAAAUUAUGAGAAAAGACUUGAAGAUUUAGAAAGUCUCACAUUACCACAAAGAGUUAAACGUUUGGAAAAAUUUAAUCUAUUUCUUGAAGAUUAUAUUGUUAAUGCACGAUUAUUAUACACUAUAAACAAAAAUGACUAUA